UAUACCUCGCUAGUCCACACGAGGGAGUUGUUGCUUAUUGUACUUUUUCCAAGCAGCAACACCAUCACGUGACCAGCCCUACAUGUCCGCUGUACACAUGAGAGUCCACAUGCGAGAGAAGAAAAACAAACAUGAAGCGACGCAAGAGAAGUGCUGUGUGGGAACAUUUCACCCUAAAAGAGGACGAUGCAACGUGCAAAAUAUGUAAGGCUGUUUUGAAGUACAACAAUUCAACCAGUUCGUUAAAUUACCACCUAAAAAGUUUACAUGCCGCUGUGCUUGGAGGAGAGAGUGGAGGCGGAGCACGGCCAGGCCAGCCCUCCGUCGCCGAAGCGUUUUCCAAAAGAAAAGCGGUGUGUGAUGACGCACGGGCAGAGGGCAUCACCCAGAGGAUUUGCAACAUGGUUGAAAAGGAUAUGCUGCCUAUAAGCAUUGUGGAUGGCAAGGGGUUUCGUGAGUUGAUGAACUAUUGUGAGCCAGACUACCAAAUCCCUUCUCGAGAAACAAUAACAACCCGCAUAGAGGCUCGCUACAAAAGAAAGAAAGCCGAGCUGAAAGCACGACUGGCCAACACGCAUGUAGCAAUAACCACUGACUGUUGGACGUCAAAUACAACAGAGAGCUAUAUCACCGUCACUUGCCACUACAUGGAGGACUGGCUGAUGAGGUCGGCAGUCCUAGCCACAGAGAGUAUGCCGAUGAGCCAUACGGCUGAUAAUUUAGCAGAACGGCUGAAUGAAAUUGUGCAUGCAUGGGGGCUGACCGGGCGAGUGAUAGCCUGUGUUCACGACAACGCGAGUAACAUCGUCUUAGCAAACAGCCAACCUCGAGUCGACUGGGCCUCUGUUCCAUGCUACACCCAUACCCUACAACUGGCCAUCAACGAUGGUUUCGCUGGGACCCUGCACCAAGUCAUCGCAGCUGCAGGAAGAUUGGUCAAACACUUUAAGCACAGCACUAAAGCCACCAAAGCGCUGGAAACCAAGCAAGGCCAAAUGGGCUUGGAACGCCACCAGCUCAUUCAAUCCUGCAAAACGAGGUGGAAUUCAGUCUGUGACAUGUUUGCGAGACUGGUGGAGCAGCGGUGGGCGGUGUGCGCCGUACUAUCAGACCGCACGUUCACCAAGCUGUCUGAUGCUCGGACACUUGAGAUCAGAGACGACCACUGGAAAAUCAUGGAGGAAAUGGGCCCUGUUCUAGUCGCUCUGAAGACAGCAACUACCGUGAUGUCUACAGAGACUGAGGUGUCCAUAUCCAACACGUAUCCCAUCAGCUUCGGUUUAAUCGACGUGCACCUCAAGAAGAGAGUCGAGGGAGACUCAGGCAAAGUGGCAGAAUUCAAAUCUAAAGUGGCUGCUUCACUGAGCAGACGGAUGAAGAUUGCAUCUGAUGACUUCCUAACAUCAACCCCAAUGAUAGCAACGAUGGUGGACCCUCGGCACAAGCACCUGUCAUUUCUCAGCCCAGCCAGGAGGAUUUCAGCAAAUGCCAAACUGCUUGAACUGGCUCAAGCAGAAGAUGUGAGCUCCACAUCCACAACAGCAGAUGGAGCAAGCUCUGCCUCUGCCAGUACCACUGGAGAGGAGGAGGAGGGGGCUCAGCCAGACGUGCCUGUCCAGGAAGCUGCACCACAGAGACACACAUCUGCUAUGGUUCAACUCCUGGGUGCCUACUACACCAACCAGGUCACUAAUGAUGUGGAGAGAGAGCUGGACAGUUUUCUGAAGGAUGCUGUGCCAAACCUUGAUUCUGAUCCCAAUCAUCCCACAGAUUGGUGGGGAAAAAAUGAAGCAAGGUAUCCGAGGUUGGCAAAAGUGGCAAAACGAUACAUGUGUAUCCCUGCUACAUCAGUGCCUUCUGAACGCGUGUUCUCAGCAUGUGGCCUUACUGUAACCAAGCUGCGCUCACGGCUCACACCUGAGCAUGUAGACAUGCUCAUAUACUUGAAUAAAAAUGAAUAAGCAAUUGUACCCAUGGGCCAUGUUACAUGUAUGAGGCAGAGAGCCUUCUCUAAAAUGUGACUUUUCCCUUUGUUAAAAUUUCAAUUGUCCACCUGCCUGAUGAUCUAAAUAUUAAGUUGAUUGUUGUAGCCAGGGUUGGCUAAACUUGGCUUGCUUAAUAUUUUACUAUCACAAUCACCAUUGUC